UGGAGACUGGGGGGAGAAAGGCAACCUGACAGCCAAUGAGCCCUGCCCGGCUGGGGUGAAGGCAGGAGGAGAGGGAGCUGGGGAAGGGAAAGAAAAAAAAAAAAAAAAAAGAAGAAGAAGAAGAAGAAGAAGGGAAGAAAGGAGGGGAGCAUCCUUUCACUACCUCCGCCGGCAUCGCCUCCACCAUUGACACCGCUCCGCGCCUCCGCUCGCGCCCAUCCAUGCCCGUGCCGCCGGUUCGGUGUUAGGGCUGAACCGCAGCGGCUGAAGAAAAUGGGGCAGCGCGCGGGCCGGGCCGUGUUGCUGCUGCUGGCGGGGCUGCUGGGCGAGGCGCGGGCAGGAUUCCCCAACACCAUCAGCAUCGGUGGACUUUUCAUGAGAAACACUGUUCAGGAGCACAGCGCGUUUCGGUUUGCUGUGCAGUUAUACAACACAAACCAAAACACCACCGAAAAGCCCUUCCAUCUGAACUACCACGUAGAUCACUUGGACUCUUCCAACAGUUUUUCAGUGACAAAUGCUUUCUGCUCACAGUUUUCCAGAGGAGUUUAUGCCAUCUUUGGAUUCUAUGACCAGAUGUCAAUGAACACACUGACGUCAUUUUGCGGAGCCCUUCACACGUCCUUCAUCACACCCAGCUUCCCAACAGAUGCAGACGUGCAGUUUGUCAUCCAGAUGCGGCCAGCAUUAAAAGGAGCCAUCCUGAGUCUCUUGACCUAUUACAAGUGGGAAAAGUUUGUGUACCUCUAUGACACAGAACGGGGAUUUUCCAUUCUCCAGGCAAUUAUGGAAGCAGCAGUUCAAAACAACUGGCAAGUGACAGCCAGAUCUGUAGGAAGCAUAAAGGAUGUUCAAGAAUUCAGAAGAAUUAUAGAGGAAAUGGACAGGCGACAAGAAAAAAGAUACUUAAUUGACUGUGAAGUAGACAGAAUAAACACCAUUUUGGAACAGGUUGUAAUCCUUGGCAAACAUUCUAGAGGCUAUCACUACAUGCUAGCAAACCUGGGUUUCACAGACAUUGUGCUGGAGAGGGUGAUGCAUGGAGGUGCCAAUGUUACUGGAUUCCAGAUAGUUAAUAAUGAAAACCCAAUGGUUCAACAGUUUCUACAACGCUGGGUGAGGCUCGAUGAAAGAGAAUUCCCAGAAGCCAAAAACUCACCAUUAAAGUAUACAUCUGCCCUGACCCAUGAUGCAGUCCUAGUCAUAGCAGAGGCUUUCCGUUACCUCCGAAGGCAGCGUGUGGAUGUCUCCAGGAGAGGUAGUGCUGGAGACUGCCUGGCCAACCCUGCAGUACCAUGGAGCCAAGGAAUUGAUAUAGAAAGAGCGCUGAAAAUGGUGCAAGUUCAAGGAAUGACAGGGAAUAUCCAGUUUGACACCUAUGGGCGGAGAACAAAUUACACAAUUGAUGUGUAUGAAAUGAAGGCUUCUGGAUCAAGAAAGGCUGGUUAUUGGAACGAAUAUGAAAGAUUUGUGCCAGCAUUAGAUCAGCUGCCCUCUAAUGACACUUCGUCUGUGGAGAACAGAACCAUAGUAGUCACUACCAUCCUGGAAUCACCAUAUGUAAUGUAUAAGAAAAACCAUGAACAACUAGAAGGGAAUGAGAGAUAUGAAGGAUAUUGUGUAGACUUAGCUUCUGAAAUAGCAAAACAUGUUGGAAUAAAAUACAAACUGUCAAUUGUUGGAGAUGGGAAAUAUGGAGCUAGGGACCCUGAGACUAAGAUAUGGAAUGGCAUGGUGGGUGAACUGGUCUAUGGGAGAGCAGAUAUAGCUGUUGCCCCCCUCACCAUAACAUUGGUGCGAGAAGAAGUCAUAGACUUUUCCAAACCCUUUAUGAGCCUGGGAAUCUCCAUCAUGAUCAAGAAGCCUCAGAAAUCUAAACCGGGCGUAUUCUCUUUCCUGGAUCCUUUGGCUUAUGAAAUUUGGAUGUGUAUAGUCUUUGCUUACAUUGGCGUCAGCGUAGUUCUUUUCCUAGUCAGCAGAUUCAGCCCUUAUGAAUGGCACUUGGAAGACGGCAGUGAAGAACCGCGUGACCCUCAGAAUCCUCCUGAUCCUCCCAAUGAGUUUGGAAUAUUUAACAGCCUUUGGUUUUCCCUGGGUGCCUUUAUGCAGCAAGGAUGCGAUAUUUCUCCAAGAUCUCUCUCAGGGCGAAUUGUUGGAGGAGUCUGGUGGUUCUUCACUCUCAUCAUAAUCUCUUCCUACACUGCUAAUCUUGCUGCCUUCCUUACGGUGGAAAGGAUGGUGUCUCCCAUAGAGAGCGCAGAGGAUCUGGCUAAACAAACCGAGAUAGCCUAUGGCACUUUGGAUUCAGGCUCAACCAAAGAAUUCUUUAGAAGAUCGAAAAUUGCCGUCUACGAGAAAAUGUGGUCGUACAUGAAGUCGGCCGAGCCCUCCGUGUUCACCAAAACCACGGCGGAUGGGGUGGCGAGGGUGCGCAAGUCCAAGGGGAAGUUCGCCUUCCUGCUGGAGUCCACCAUGAACGAGUACAUCGAGCAGCGCAAGCCCUGUGACACCAUGAAAGUCGGCGGGAACCUGGAUUCCAAGGGCUACGGGGUAGCCACCCCCAAAGGCUCAGCAUUAAGAAAUGCUGUUAACCUGGCAGUAUUAAAACUGAAUGAGCAAGGCCUCUUGGACAAAUUGAAAAACAAAUGGUGGUACGACAAAGGAGAGUGCGGCAGCGGGGGAGGUGACUCCAAGAACUCCUGUAAACCUUGCAGUAUUGAAACUCAGUGAACAAGGCAUCUUAGACAAGCUGAAAAACAAAUGGUGGUACGAUAAGGGUGAAUGUGGAGCCAAGGACUCCGGAAGUAAGGUCAGUCGCUGAAGGUCUUUUCGUACUGAUUAGCAAUCACGUUUUGACCCACUGUUUGUGUAUACAGAGAAUGACUUUCAAAAGUUGCUGUUUACAUUCUGAAGGUUGAAAGAAAAGAAUAGCAAAAAAAAUUGUUAAAAGUCUCCGAAAAUGAGCGCAUUUUUUCUUACGUGCAGUAACAGACUUUAGUUGUAAGUACGUUUUGCUAUUUAGUAUUUUGCUGCAAAGACAUGGAAGGAGAGUCCCCCAAAGCGCACGGAGCUGCCACCCUCAUGUGAAUUUGCAAGCUCCCUCUCAGUCAGUGUGUUUUAUUCAGGCCAGCAUCUUUUUCCUUAUGUUAUUUUCAGUUUGAUUGAACGCCUGCAUUUUGUUUCAAAAUUAUAACUGAGAUCUGUAGGGGUCAGUCUGCAAACAGCCGCGUGCUUGCAAAGGGUGGACGAGUAGAGGCCAGGCCCCUGGUGAGGAAGCAGCGCCCUUCCCGCCCUAUUGCCCGCCUCACUUGGACAUGUGUUUAGCUGCAUUUUGGAGCUGCUGCUGGCGCUGCUGUCUGCCAUUCCCACUCCACCUGGACCCGUUUUGCUGCUGCACGGCUGCUGCCAGCCGCGUGCCCGGCCCCGUGGGGACACUGCGUGGGCAGGGCCGGCUGCAUCAGCCAGGCUGGGUUUGCAGCAAACACUCAUUUACGCCAUUCAAUUUAAGCCAUAUUAGGAUGUCGUAUUUUUUUUUAAUGCCUAUAUAGCCGCUGAGGAUAAAAACACCAAUGUGCUGUGCUUGUUGGAGUGAAGGAUGCUCUCAAAGACAUCUCUGGUUGUCACCCCGCUGACAUCAGCACUGCUCCCCUGGUGCCUUCCAAGGGGCAAAGCACUUGCUGUAACUGUUCCCCCCAAAAUGCUCCCGAUUUGGAGGCCCCUGCCCAUGUCAGGCCCCAUGCCAGGCGCUGCCCUGCUUUCAGCUGGGCUGGGGGCUGCGUGGGGCACAGCCCCAGAGCUGCUCUGGGAGACAGAAGGGAUCUGAGCACAGUCCCGCAGCAAUUGGCAAGAGGCAGAAAUGGGCAAUAGCUUCAGCUCUCAGUGCAGGCUGUUUGCUAAAAUGUGAAACACAGACACGUACAAGGUACAUCCUCCCAAUUCUGAGUACACGGAAGGGUGGAUGCCCCUGGAGGCAGCCACACACUGAGGUCUGUCUGGGCACACCUGGGCUCACUUUGCCUCUCAGCUCAGGCGUGAACCAGCAGCCCCUCCCGCGUGCAGCAGCAAAAGGGUUGUACUCUUCUUUAAUCUGAUCACAAAAUCCUGUUUUUUAAAAUGAAAGCCUUCCCCCCCCCCCCAUGUGCCACAUCCUGAGGGGAUGCAAAUCCCAGGCAGCAUAUUUUGUGCUGCAGUGAUGCUUUUUGCUCCCUGCAGGUGCUGGCUUAGCUUAGGGCUCUCCUGCUGACCUUAACCUAGCUGACCAUCUUCCUAGGACUGUUUUUUUUGUUUGUUUUUUUUUAAGACUGUUGGAAAAAAGGCAGAAAAGUUUAGCAGCAUCUCACUGAUUGUAUCUACAUUCACCAAAGCCAGGCGCCUAGUGGCUUGGGUUUUUCUUUUUACUUUCAUAAUGCAAGAACUUGCUACUUCACAUAGCCCUGGCCUGUCUGAUAGAGCUCCCCAAAGGUGCCCUGGCCUCCAGCUUCACCCCGGGGCAGUGAAGGCCUGGGGAAGCCAAUGGCAAAAAUCCCAUUGACUUCCACAUGGCUGAGGUUUUGCCUGGCGACCGGCGUGGGACAGAGCAGCUCCUGCUGCCCUCCCUGUCCCACGGGGCCAGCGGCACCGGUAGGGUCACACAGUGUGAGCGCAGCGGGUAAGGCUGCUGGGUCGUGGGGGGGCUGGGGGGAUUUGGAGUUGAUCAGAAAGUUUGUGCCGUGUGUGGUCGUUGUUAGGACUGAGUGCAAAGUAACCUGUUUUCUGUCUGCCUUUUUCUCACAGCAAAACUAACGGCGUGGUUCGUUUCUCUUAGGACAAGACCAGUGCUCUGAGCCUGAGCAAUGUGGCCGGGGUUUUCUAUAUUCUUGUCGGAGGCCUCGGGCUCGCCAUGAUGGUGGCUUUAAUCGAGUUUUGUUACAAGUCUCGGGCAGAGUCCAAGCGAAUGAAACUCACCAA